CCGGUGCCGUAUGCGUGUGUGGAUGGUGCUGCCUGGGUGAGGGAGAGGGAGUGAGUGAGCCGUGUGCUGUGGCUUAUCCUUGUCCUAUGCGGAUUUCACCACUGACUGCCCGCCCGAGCGGCUCGCAUCAUCCAGGGUAGGCCGGAAUCUCAACGGUGACUUUCCCAUUCAAGGAAACACUCACUGUUCGGCUGCUCUCUCACGUUUGCCGGAUACAGGAGCGGAGGGGAUAAUUGUGGUUGCCCUGCUUAGCAGAUCCCAGGGGAGGGGAUAUUAUCGGGACUUGGAGAGGAGACAGCGAGGAGGCGAGGAUGCUCUGUGGACACGGCGAGAGAUGAGCAAUGGGCAAGGGGCAUCCUUUAAGUCCUGACAGAGAAGAGGAGCCGUCAUUGCCAUAGCUACCUCUCCUCUCCUCUCCUCCUCCGGUCCACGUUCCCCCUUUCACCCCCUCUCUUCACCUGUUGAGUGUUUGUUUGUUUGCUUUCCGCUUGCUAUCCCUCUACAUCCUCCGAUUACCUGUCGCCAUGACAACCUCAGCCCUGCGCCGGCAGGUGAAGAAUAUUGUGCACAACUAUUCAGAAGCAGAGAUCAAGGUUCGAGAGGCCACCUCGAAUGAUCCAUGGGGCCCGUCCUCGUCUCUCAUGUCAGAGAUUGCUGACUUGACCUUCAAUGUGGUGGCGUUUGCCGAGGUCAUGGGCAUGGUGUGGAAACGCCUCAACGACAGUGAGGACCAGAUUACUGAUGUUUUCCUGCAACUUUUUAACCACAACUUGAGUAGUACUUUUUUUCUUAAAGUUCAAGUUGAUCAUGAAAAUCUUUUUUGUCUAUGUGUGGUUCAGACGCUACGAGACUUCCAGUAUGUGGACCGUGAUGGCAGAGAUCAGGGGGCCAACGUGAGAGAAAAAGCACGCCAACUGGUGUGUCUCCUCCGGGAUGAGGAGCGGCUCCGCCAGGAGAGAAGUCAAGCCCUGAAGACCAAGGAGCGAAUGGCUGGGGGAGGCAGUGGUGGGGGCGGAGGGGUGUACGGAGGGAUACCGCCAUCCUAUCACCCAGGCAGACGAACAAGCCAGCCCAGCAUGGCUGUUCUGUACGGGGAGGAAUUCAGCCGCUCCAGAGGCUCUCCAUCCUCUUUUAACUCCUCAUCCUCGUCUCCUCGUGCCGCCUCAGACCUGGAGCAGGCUCGACCUCAGACAAGCGGCGAGGAGGAGCUGCAGCUCCAGCUGGCUCUAGCCAUGAGCAGGGAGGAGAGUCAGAAGGAGCAGUGCUGUCGCCAAGGAGACGAGUCUCUGUUACAGAAGGCCCUGGAUGAGAGCAGGAGAGAGAGUCAGUCGGGGACACAGGAGUCUGCAAUGCUCGACCUAGUGGACAUAUUUGGCCCCUCAUCUGAGGCCGCACCUCAGCCUACUGACCCGUGGAACUCUGCCCAACCCACCAGUGACAUCACCUCUGACCCCUGGGACUCUGUAGCGGUCCACUCCAGCACACCUGUGAUCGGUAGCCCUUGGACGGCCCCUCCCUCAUCUUCCAACGCAUCCAAUCCUUGGGCUCCAUGUGCAGACUCACACACAGACCCCUGGGAAACGGCGCCUGUCUCCUCCAGUCCUGUCAAUCAUGCGUGGGACAGCCCAACAGACGGAGGUGGUGAUGGAAAAGAUCUGUUUGCUGCUCAGGAAGAGGAGAAACAAGAUGUUCCUCAAGUGUCCUCUCCUACACCUGCUAGUCCCACAGAUGCAGAAUUGUUUGGUGUAAAGGCGGACUCUGACCUGUUUGCUGGAGCAGAUUCCAAGCCAGAUCCAUUUGGGAGCGACCCACCAGUAAAACCCCAGGUCAAUGGGCGAGAGUCAUCUAGCCCAGAGAUGUUUGAUUUGUCCCGGCUAGCACCCCCGCUCAGCGCCCCACCUACACGUGUAUGUCGAACCCCGGAGGCCUUCCUAGGACCCACUGGGGCCUCUCUGGUCAAUUUAGACGCUCUGAUACCCUCCAACCCCCCUAGCAAGACGCACAACAACCCCUUCCUCUCAGGUCUGAGUGCUCCGUCUCCAACCAACCCCUUCCACUGCGACCAGCCUCGCCUCACCCUCAACCAAAUGCGACCAUCGUCUACAUCCCCAUUACCCCCCCACAUGCUCUCCUACAGCCCAUCGCUGCCUCUCCCUCUGCCCCACCAGCCACCCAUUCUCCCCUCCUCUCUUACACAACCUCCCGCUGGACUCCUGGACCUUCCCUCCAACCUCCCGCAGCCCCUGCUCCCCCUUUCUCCACGACCGGUGCAGCGCACUCAAUCACAGACACACAGCCACAACCCUUUCCUCUGAGACCUCCUGCAUCUUUCCAGCUCUGGUCUGCAGAGGGAGACAACAGGAUGGACUCUUUUUGGAUUAAUCUAUGCCGACUACAAUGAGACUAGUUUAAAUGAGCCUGAACUGGACUGCGGAUCCUGGUCUGAUGUCAUUGUGCACACUUGAAGCGGAUAAAACUCGGACUGGAUGUAUUUGUGUCUGUCUAAUGACACAUCAGCUGCUAUAUAACCUGAACUCUUGAAGAAAAGCUAACACACACACACACAUACGCACACACACAUGCACUCAGGCGCACUUAAGGGUGCAUAGACACAAACAUGCACACACCACCAAACUAACAGGGUGUAUCUCAACAGUCCCUUCGAUGCCUUUGCCCCAUCCACAGUGACAAGUCUGAGCACCCACAGAGCCAGAACUGUUCCUUUAGAAGAUCGUGAUGAAGCCACAUACUUUGAUUGUCCACCAAGAUUCACCAGGAUCCUUACCUCUGCUGCUUCACCGACGAAAGCAUGAAUGCAUCCCACCCCCCAAGACUCCAAACUAUUCUAUUCUGUGGAGCACCUGAGGCGAGUUCUUCAAAUAAAUCCUCUUUUUCUGACGAGUCAAAUUGUAUCUUGAGCUUUGUUGGCACAAAUGAAUCACCGCAGAAAGCCCAAAAAUGCGUUACUGUUAGAUUCAAGACAGCAAUCAGCACUGUUCAAGAACUAAUUGACUCAGGUAUUCCUUCCCACAUACGGUAUACAUGAUGAUAUCUAUUUUGCAUUGCCUUGUUACCUUGCAAGCUCAACAGCAUCUGGUCCUGAGUUAGUUACGUUAUUUGUCGUAGUCACCCCAAGAGGAUUCAGGUGGAAUCAAAACUGGACUAAACCAGCCUAAUCUUAACCUUACUUUCUCAAUCUGGACCUAAACUGAUUACUGAUUGUACCCUAUCGGACCCGCGUGCCUGUCUCUACAGCUGACCCACAAUGCAUUCCUGGCUGGUUCAUAUUGGCGCCAUGAAGGAGGACCUCAGGGAGACCGCUCUGUCCCUUCUCCAGUGAAAUUCAAGUGAAUUAGUGAAUGGAAAGGCAUUUGUCUACGGAUAAAACGACAGGGAGAUUAAUGAUUUUAUGUCAGAUAUGAGCAUUAAAGUGAAGAAUGAUGAGAAUAGAUAAAGGAGGGGGGAGGAGUAAAAGAAAGAUGAAUAGAAAUAAAGUACAAAUGAUUACAGAUGAUAAGCUGAUGUAUUGAGCAAUAGCUCAUCUACUCCGCUCCUCCUUUUCUUCGGUGUUAGGAACAGACGAUACGUUUGGUCAUCACUGCACUGAACCUGGACUUGAAUGUGAAAUGCCUGCCUAUAGAUACACACAGGCUUAGUACAUAUGUAUUUAACAGAAUGAUACCUAUAUAUCAGGUAUCAGGCCUAUAAGUAUUAUGAAAUAUUAUACCAAUA